GCCCAUGAUAUCGAGAAAAUGACACCGAAGUUCUGGGCGGCACACGCUGACCCGAUUCUAUUUCGCGAUACGAGUGCAAUGACGAAUGUAACGAUUCAGUACAACGUUGUUAUCGGAACUCUUCUGGACAAAGGCAAAGGUAGAACUGACCUGACGGAACUGAUUCAAGGGCUUAUGGCCUAUAAGAUACUGGGCCAGUUCCUGCUGACAGAAAUUGGCCAUGGUUUGGAUGUGGUGAACAUGGAAACAAAUGCUACUCUUCUUCCAGAUGGCUCGUUCGAUCUACAUUCUGCGGGCCCUAAUGCGGCUAAGUGGAUGCCCUCGACAGUUCCUGUUGGUUAUCCAUGCGUUGCAAUCGUCUUUGCGAGACUCCUUGUCAAAGGCGAAGACUGGGGUGUUCGUCCAUUUAUUGUACAGCUCAACGAUGGCAAGCAGAUGUGCAAAGGAGUCCAAACCAGGCUCGCUCCACCACGGGACGAUAGUGAUCCCCUCAACCAUUCAUUGACUACAUUCACCCACGUCCGCCUUCUUAGUACUGCACUCCUUGGACCUUUAUCAAAGCCUGCAUCUCUCCGCGAACAGUUCUUGUCCUCCAUCUGGCGCGUCACCGUUGGCUCGCUUGUCAUCUCGAGCGAUGCCAUCCCAAGCCUCAGGAUCGCGGCGUACACAGUCGGACGGUACAGCCUACGUCGUAAGGUACAGGGUUCACUCUCCGCGCCCGCACCUAUCAUGCAGUUCCGUACGCAACAGGCACCUAUUGUCUUAGCACUAGCAGAAGCGUACGUGCUAGAUGCACUCAGGCAAUGGGCCAUCCCGAUAUUCUUGGACGAUAGUUUGGACAUAGAUGUCCGAAGGGCAAUAUCAGCUGUGUCCAAGGUUUUGCUCUUGACGCAUCAUCAGUCAUUGAUUGAGGUCUUGAUCGCACGCUGUGGUGCACAAGGUGUAUUUCGGUAUAAUGGACUGACUUCCGCUGCGGGUCUAAUACGAGGAUUCGCCAUUGGAGAAGGAGAUUUAUUAGCUCUCUCUAUUCGGCUUGCGACUGAACUUCUGCUCGAGCGCUACCAGGUACCGCAGACAGACAACCCCACAUCGCUACUUGCACAACACGAAGCUGGGCUCAUCUCUGAAUGUCGCACUCUCCUCAAAUCAAUGAAAAGCCAUCGCAGUCCAGAGUUUAAUCGACAGCUUAUCCCACAAUGCCAGCCCAUUGUAGAGGCUAUCGGCUGUCGCAUGGCCUACGAUGCUGCCCGCGCACGGGGCAUUCCCGAGCCUUUCAUAGCGUUGUUUGAAGCGAAUGCAGUGAAAUCUGACCUUGCGUGGUAUAUCGAGAGGGGUCUGAUUAGCCGUGAGAGGGCAAGGAAUAUGGAAGCUGAUGCAUUGGACAGGGCAUACCCGUUACUUGAGGAAUGGCUGGAUAAUGAAGAGAAUGGGAAGCAUGUAACUGCUCCUAUCAUCUCUGAUGAUACGUGGAAGGCGUUCCACGAUACUUUACCCAUUUACUCUGGCUCGGCGAAUCCAGAAAUAACUAACGGAAUGGAGGCGGCGUCGAGAACAACAUCCUCGAAGUUGUAAAUUUAAUUCGCUAUACCUUUCGCUGUUGAAGUCCCUGUACCUGUACAUCAAUCCAAAUGGAAC